GCGUAUUGUGUGAAACUUGAAUGCCAUAUUUUCAAUUUUGGAGACAGGUGAAACAUCUGACUCCAUACAAACAAUGAAAUGAAAUAUGGAUGCCUUCUACAAAUACCCACCUCACGUAGCUACCAAUCUACCAUGUGCUAAAUGUUAAAGAAAACAAAAAGACCUUGCCUUUUCUCACCUACACCAUGAAUUUUCUAGCAGGCCUACUAGUUCCCAUUUUGACCCAGAUAACAGCACCAUCUCAUCCCAAAUAACUUCCGCAAAUAAUUCACCGAAGAGUACAAGUAUAAUCAACAAGCUCUAAUUUUUUUUUUAUAUAUACAUUUUCCCAUUUUUCUUAAAAACACGUUGCUCCUGAAUCGUAGAGAAUUACGAAAAUCCAAAAUCCAAGCCGUGCAUGACUUCCUCCUUUUGAAAACUUAGGAAUUCAAUCAGGUCUCAGUCUCAAGACUUAAACCCUAGGUUACCAGCACAGAACAGUGACAUAGAAGGACAACAUUCAAAAUUCAUUCACCAAACUAACCAGUAAUUCCCAGAGCAUCCCGCUGUCAAGACUAAGACUAAGGGGAGUAGGAGAAAGAAAUGAGGGCCGCCGGAAAUGCUCCCGUCCGGUCUUGUUACACCGAGAACACGCACAAAACGGAAGCGGAGUGGCUAAAGAAAGGGUUCCAAGUUCCAACUUCUAAGAUUACAGGGUGGGCCUAACACUUUCCACUUAGUACCUUUCAGUUCUAGUUCCACUACCAGGGAAGGAACUGAGUUUUACGGUUUGCCCUUGUUUUUUUUAUAGGCUUUUUUGCAAGCAAGCUCCAAUUUGUUUGGUCCAUAAGUUAAAAGGCCGAAUCAAGAUUGGUUCAUAAG